AGAUAGGUCAUGUGCUCUAUUGAGUUCUAUAUUCAUUAGUCGAUUCGGGGUGCGGUCCAAACAAUAUUUCAUGUAUUUUUAUUUUUGUCAUCAUUGAGAAGGUUGGAUCUAUUUGUGAUAACUGGAAAUAUCUGUUUUGAUUUUAUCUGGUUCAUCUAGUGCCAAUUUUUUUUACUAUAUAUAAUUCGUAUAGUUUCUGUAAGGUGGAAAACCAUGGAGUCCAAUUCGAUGAGGAGGCAUCGUCCGAUUUUUCUCAUUUUGAUCGUUUCCCUGCUUCCAGGUGUCCUCGGCCAAGUGAUACCCGAGGAAGCCCAUUUAGCCUCCCGUCUGUUAGACAACGGUUACAGCACCGUGGCUCGUCCAGUCCUCAACCAAGAGCACGCAAUCACUGUCAAGAUUGAUCUUGCUAUUAUCAACCUCCUAGAUAUGGACGAGGCGAAUCAGAUCAUGACUGCAAACACUUAUAUGACCCAGGAAUGGCAUGACGCUUUUCUUACCUGGGAACCAUCAAUGUUCUGGAACAUCACAGACAUCCAGAUACCCAUCGACAACAUCUGGAAACCCGAUAUCAUUCUUCAUAAUAACGCCAACGAUGAGCUGAACGGCGGCAUUCGGUGGACCCACGCCUGGAUCAGAUACGAUGGGACGGUAUCAUGGAAGACCAACUACAUUUUAAUGAGCGCCUGUCCGAUGAACCCUCUCUACUUCCCCUUCGACACCCAGAACUGUUCCCUGAAACUUGGUUCCUGGACCUACAAUAGGGACGAGAUCGAUGUCAUCGUCAACGGCACCUCUGGCGACGCGACGCAGUACCAGCCCAACGGUGAAUGGGACCUAAAAGAGUUCCCUGUGGUACGCCAUGUGGAGGUGCGCGAGUGCUGUCCGGGUGUGUACCCAUCGGUGACCUUCAGCGUGAUCCUCAAGCGGCAGUUUAUGUUCUACUUCUUCAAUUUGGUGAUCCCUUGCGUGAUCAUCUCCUCUCUGGUGUUGCUGGGCUUCGUGUUGCCGUCGGAUGCUUGUGAGAGGAUUACACUAACCCUCACCAUUCUCCUUUCUCUCACCGUGUUUUUGUUGCUGGUAGCCGAGACCAUGCCACCGACCUCUGAAGUGGUGCCGCUUAUCUCUCAAUAUUUUGCUGCCAUCAUCGUGGCUGUCGGCCUGAUCACGUUCUUUGCCGUGGUCACCAUCAGUAUUCAUCACACCGGGGACAGUCAACGAGCUCCCCGGAUCGUCCGCAAGGCCAUCCUCGGCAUCCUCGCUCGAUUCCUCUGCGUUCAGGCCAUCCCCUACGACGGCGACGACGAUGACGACCCGAAACAGUCAUCCCACAAGCGCAGUGGCGAGGUCGAAGGCAGUGGGGUUCUCAAUCCCGUCUUCGAGGACGACGACGGCAAUGGGGAUCCAUUCCAGGCGUCGACGUCGACGUCCCACGGCGACCCGAUCGAGGUGCUGAUGACGAAGAUCUCGCGUGGGGUGGCCCACUUCGCCAAGCUCACCUUCGAGAAUGCCGAGAGCAAGAGAACAUCGAUGGAGUGGAUGCACAUCGCCAGCGUACUCGACCGGUUCUUUACCUACUUUUUCGCCAUCCUUUGUCUGUCCAUAACUCUGGCCACUAUUGUCGCCGCUGCUGCACAAGCUUAGUGAAUAUAGUCGAGCCUGGAUAUGAUAUUCGCCAUGAUCAUACAAGAUGUCAUGAUAAAUCAAUAGAUAAUUGAAUGAGGAUAAUGAUUCAUAUGCAGAAGCAAAUUAUGAUGUAAUCAAUAUCAUAUAGAAACAGAAUCCAUUGAAUUCGAUGGAAAAGACUCCAACCACGAAAACUGUGCAAUUCAAUAACUCCAAGAUAUUCUGCAUGUUACUCGAUUGUUUUCAUGGUAUGUUUCAUUUUUUUAUGGAUUUAUCAUUAUUCCUCAUCAUUAACGUUGAUAAUUGCAACUUUACCAACAUUCAUUGGAAUGCUAUGUAUGUAUCCCAUCUCUUUAAUUUGAUAUCUGCUCUUCUGCCAUUUUCAAUUUUUUGUGAUCAAAAUAUGAUUAUGAUAGCUUUUAAUUCAGGUUUUGUCGAAACGCAUGAAUAAUGAUAAUAUGAUAAAAAUCAAUCUUACCAUUAAUUUCAAAUCUUGCCAUAAAACAUGAUAAAUAUACAUUCAGUUUGAUGUCUGUUUUAAGUUUGAAUGUAUCUUUCGAGUAACCAUACACUGAAGUAUUUAUUCGUAAAGAGACAGUAGGUAUUAAAAUAAUGACAGCAUAAUAUUGCUUCAUUUAUUAAGUUACAUGUGUGUACAGUUUAUGCUUAUUCAUUAAUUUGAUUAUUUCAAUAUUUUCACAUUUUUAUAUAUAAGAAAAUGAGUUUUUUUUUUUUUUUUUUUUUUUUUUUUUUUGGGGGGGGGGGGAGAUUGGAAUAGAAAAAUAUCAUAUUUUAUUCGGUCAGUGCAUUAUCGUUACCAUCAUUACAAAAACAACAUUUAUUCCAUGUAUGUAUACACUACAAGCUUUUUAUUAUACAAACCCUAUUUACUGUCCAUUUAUGCAUAUACAAAUUAUAUAAGUCGCUUUAUAAAGGUAUAAUACGUCGUACCCAUGCCAAAAUGUAAUAAAUAUGAAAUAUACCAGAAUUAAGACAAAGAUUAUUAGUUUGAGGUUGGCCCCGUAACGCAAGUGAUUGCGAUUAAUUUCAAUAUAAAACAUAGUUUCUGUUUGGUUUCUGGACAGCCUCUUAAGGAGGAUGGACGCCAGGACGUGUAACAUUGAUGAUUGCGAUUGCAUGGCCAAUGCAAGGUUUGCAUAGUUUGAUCACUGCUUCAUUCAUGUCAUUUGUUACGAAGCCCAGAUAUAAUACUCUGCGUUUUUAAUUUCCUUUUUGUAUCAACGUUAUUCAUUAAUGUAAUGUAUUACCAUGAGCGUGUUAAAUUUGGUAACAAUUCAUGAGAGUUUAUUGUAUGAAUACUUUCGGAAAAAACGAGAGUUUGAGACUGUUGAGGUUAAAUGUUUAAAAGUAAUGGUAAUAGGCUCUUAAAAGAAAAAUACUUAAUUCUUCCUGCCGUUUGAACAUAAAUGAUAAUAACACUUGUUAACCCAGGGUACAUACUUCAGCUGUUAGCUGUUCUUCCAGGGGGACCUGCAUAAGAUAACAUGUUAUCUUUACUCUUCUCCAUUCUCAAACGUCGAGCGCCUAUUUCUUUCUUCCUUUUUUUUUCUUUCUUUCUUCCUUUCUUUCUUUCUUUCUUUCUUUCUUUCUUUCUUUCUUUCUUUCUUUCUUUCUUUCUUUCUUUCUUUCUUUCUUUCUUUCUUUCUUUCUUUCUUUCUUUCUUUCUUUCUUUCUUUCUUUCUUUCUUUCUUUCUUUCUUUCUUUCUUUCUUUCUUUCUUUCUUUCUUUCUUUCUUUCAUUUCUUUCUUUCUUCUUUCUUUCUUUCUUUCUUUCUUUCUUUCUCUUUUUCUUUCUGUCUUUUUUUUGGUGUAUGAAGGACAUGGGUCAAAAUGUAUUGUUACACAAGAGAUCAGUGGAUAGGAUCAAUUUUUGACAUGUUAUGGUAUAUCGGCAUUGUACCUGUGUUUUCAAAAUCUGUAACUUUGGCGAUAACGAUGUUAGAUUAAAACAAAUUGAACAUAGUUUUAUUAAUUGAAUAAAUGUGCGAUUUGCAUAUCUGA